UUUCAAGUUCUUCAGUCAAAAAAGUUACUUAUAGAUUUUCAAUUUCAAUUUCCCUCGAAACCCCCAAAUUCAAAACCUUCCCUCAUUCUUCCUAUUCCAUUCCCAGAAGCAAAAUUUCAUGACAUUCCCGUAAAUUCGAAGACAAUCAAUGGCAGAUUCGCAGUCGGAUUCAAACGCCUUCAGUGUUCGGAUCGUCUCCAUCGAUCACUACAUGGCUCCGCCGACCCAUGGCCUUGAUAUUUCUUACAGUUCCUUCCAAGGUGGCAAAGUGAAUGAGGUUCCUGUUAUAAGAAUAUAUGGUUCUACACCAGCUGGUCAGAAGACUUGCUUGCACGUCCAUGGGGUUUUACCCUAUUUAUAUGUGCCUUGUGCAGAUAUAUCGCUUCAACCACACGAGGAAGGUGAUGCAUACACACAUGCUGUAUCUCUUGCGCUUGAGAAAGCUUUGAAGCUUAAAGGUAAUGCUGGUUCAAAGCGACAGCAUGUACAUGGUUGCAGCCUUGUACGAGCAAGGAAAUUUUAUGGUUACCAUUCAUCUGAAGAGCUUUUUGUGAAAAUACAUCUCUAUUAUCCGCAUGACGUCUCCCGUGCUGCCAAACUUCUUUUGGGUGGUACAGUUCUUGAUGGAAGUUUACAGCCCUAUGAAUCGCAUAUUCCCUUUAUUCUCCAGUUUUUGAUUGAUUAUAACUUGUACGGGAUGGGCCAUAUGCAUUUAUCAAAGAUGAAGUUCCGUCAUCCCGUACCAGACACUUUCUCACCAAGGAAAUCUGAUCAUAUUGGUCUGCAUAAACAGCAUAUGGAUAAGUUGACCUGCAUGCCUACUGAUUUCCAGGCAGACCCAAGUUGUGAUGCAUCUUUAAUUUCACCGAUUUGGAUAUCAUCGACAAUUCCAGCUGAUUGGAUAUGGCAAUUUCCUAGUGAGUUUGAGGCUUCCUCACACCAGGAUAUUUAUUGCAAUAAACGUCAAAGUGUCUGUGAACUUGAGGGGGAUGCUUCCAUAGAUGAUGUUCUUAACCAGCAGUUUAAAAAUUAUUCAUCCCUCUCACAAACCCGUUCAGAAGUGAAAAUGGUUCAAUCACUUGUGCCAAUAUGGGAGGAGUAUGAAAGGACUGGAAUGCAUGAGGUGAUAAUGCCUCCUGAUCCUGGCAAACCACCUCCACAAGAUGUUCUUAAAACUUUGUCACUAGGUCUUGAAUUUGAGAACAAACUUAUUGAAUUGUGUGGUGAAGCAGAAAACUCUUUUACUCUGACUCCAUUUGGGAAAAAUGUGAAGUUAAAGCAGUCAAUGACAUCAUCAACUGAUGAAGGAAAUUUGGUUGGACUUGGACAUGUUAACCCUAACAACAUAGAUGGAGAACCUUGGAAGAAUACUAAAGAAAAAGAAAUAAUUGGAUCUUUGUCACCACAAGUUUCAAUAUGUGAAGAAGAUGGUCCGAUACUCACUGAAGGAAGGGAUACAAGUAUUAAGCCAUUAUCUAUUGAUGAAAUGAGGUCAUCAGCAAUUACUGAAUCAUUAGAUCCAAAGGUUGCAGAUAAGGAAGUCCUCAGUCUUCUACGGUGGCUUGCCACAUCUCAGGCUGCUGAAGAUAUAAAUUCUGAUGAUGAACUUGUUCGUGAAACUGUUCUGAGUCCUUUGUUGCCUGCAACAACCAUUGAUAAGGUGCUGGAGAAGGCUAAUAUGGAUUAUGAGAGCGAGUCUCAGAAGGAGUGUCAAGACAUUCUUGAUUCAAUUGAUGACUUGAUUGACUUUGAGGGCCUAAAGGAGAGAGCCUCUCAUUGCUCUGAUCAGAAUCAUUCUUCUAUUAGUUCAUCAGAGAAAAUGAUUCCACAAGUAGAUGGCUCUGUGGAUGAUCUAAUCUCAAUUCCUUGUGCUGAAUCAACAGGAAAUUCAUUCAAAACAGAGAUGAAGAAUGAAUUUGAAGGGUCUUCAGAGUGCCAGUCGUUGCAGGAUUUUGGUGCUAGGCUCACCAUUAAGCACAAAAGAAAGCAAUCUAAAUGGGGUUUGUUACCAUUUUCCAAGGUGCAAAAGGAGAAGAAUGAUUUGGAGCCUGUUGGUCUCCACAUGACUGAUGCCUGUGUUUGUGAAACUAAAGAUCCUGUUGGUACAAGUUUUUUGGCUGGAAAUGAGGCAGAAGAUUGUGCAGAUAGUUCUAUGAAAAAUGUUGACACAGAUGUUAAUGAUCUAAAGGAAUCAAGCACUUUGAUUGGAUGCUCUGUGCGAGAUUUGAUGAGGAGAAAGAGAUCCCACCUAGUCGAACCACAUGAAGGUGGGUCUGGAAGAACUAAAAAGAUGCUUUUGGAAGGGGAACAAAGAGAAGGUUUUUUUCUCUGCCCAAGAAGAUUUAAUGAUGAACUUGACAAAAUCCCUAUUGAGUCUCUCAAUUUGAAGAAAUCUCUUGCAGGCCAACAAACAAAUUUCUGUGAGACUUAUGAUGUUAAAGCAGCACAUUCCAAUUCUUCCUUGUAUGGAAAACUGCCUCUUUUGUACAGCAGUGAGUUCUCAUCACAGGCUAGUAGGUUGAAAGACAGCCAUUUUGGUUCUCAUGAAAAAGUUGGUGAUGAGGUCAGAAUAGGAGCCAAUACCACUCCUGUGGAUUUCACAGCAACAGGUCCUCAAUUGCAUACACAAGAAUGGAUUUCUAAGCCCAAGACUAUAGAUUCUGCAACUUCCAUGGGCCAUUCUCAAAUUUACAAUGUUAAAGAGUCUGGUGUAACUGCCAUGGCUGUUGAGAGAUUUCAACAAAUAGAUGCUGUUGCUUCAAGCUGUUCGCAAAUGGGUCUGGUUGAAUGUGAAGUACCUGGUGCAGAUUGUUCCACGUAUGGAAGUGGCCAUAAAGAUGAACCAUCUUUGGGGUGGGUACAUGAUAAAUCUUUUGAGAAUCUUGCGGGCACAAAUGCCAGAACCAACUCAAUGGAUCUGCAAAAUCAGAAUUGCCGUGGUGGAAAACAAUUAGGGGAUUUUGUUUUAUCUGGGUUUGGCAGCUCAGAAUCUGUAGUUGUCAACACUCAGGCAAAAUGUACCAAACUAAUUGGCAUGACCUUUUGCAAGAAACCCCCCAUUGCAGAUUGGACAGAUAUGGCAUUUGAAAAUGCUUCAUUUACACUUACCAUCUCUAAUCCGGUGGAUGAUAAUUUUGAUGGAUCAUCAGGGACAGUUAUGGAUGAUAUUUCCCCUUUCUUUGAGGGAAAUUGUCGAGAAGCGAAAGAAGUCAUGGACAGUCAUGCUAGAAUUAGUGGCUCUGAUUCUGAUCAAUUUGUCAUGGGCAUCCCUACUCACUGUCAAAAUGAUGGCUCUUACUUGUACCUCUUAACACCAGUAUUAUCACCUCCUUCUACAGAUAGUGUAUAUAGAUGGCUAUCCUAUGAUGACAAAGGUUCUUCUCUAGGGAGCAAUGUAGAAUCAGUGGAGCCAUCACCUCUGAAAGCUAGCAGUUUGAUUGGUUCUCAAAGUUCUUUGCCUGAUGAUUGUGAGAAGGCACAAAGCUUUUUCCUUGAUAGUUCCGACAAGGAUAUGCCUGAAUCUGGUUCUGGAUCUCUUGUGGAGCCUAUUUUGGAUCGUUUGUAUCAUGAAAACCCCAGAAACCUUAAUGCAGAAAGGAGUGCAUUUGGUGAUGGGGUGACGGCAAUAAUCCAAGGGGGAGGAGGUAUGGCAAAAGAAAAAUCAUGCUCUGAUUCCUCGCACGACAUGUCUCAGAUUUCAGGACCGGAUGGGAAAUCAAAGCCUACUCCUCUUAGUCAAAGUGGAUUUCAGGAUCCUGCAAGUGUUGGUGGUGGACAACAAUUGACAUUGUUAAGUAUAGAGGUUCAAGCAGAAUCUAGAGGAGAUCUCAGACCUGAUCCUCGAUUUGAUGCCAUCAAUGUCAUAGCUCUCGCUAUUCAGAAUGAUACGGAUUCCAUUCCUGAAGUUUAUGUGCUUUUGCGUAGUAAAACUGAAGCUUUUAAGAGGACUCUAGAUGGAAUAUCUGCUUGCAAGAUGUUGGUUUUCUCUGAGGAGAAGUACUUAUUGAGUCACUUUAUGAAGAUUGUCUGCUCAUCUGACCCAGAUAUAAUAAUGGGUUGGGAUAUUCAAGGUGGUUCUCUUGGUUUUUUGGCAGAAAGGGCUUCACAUCUUGGUAUAGGUUUACUCAAUAACAUAUCUCGAACACCAUCUGAAACCAAGAUAGCUGCUGGAGAUUUAGAUAUUCCUGAGAAAGGAAUUUUUGAUAACUUAAUUCCUGAACAGUUAAAUACUGAUCCUGUCGUACUAGAAGAUGCCAUUAUCGAGGAUGAAUGGGGUCGAACUCAUGCCAGUGGUGUUCAUGUUGGUGGUAGAAUUGUCUUGAAUGUAUGGCGAUUGAUGCGUGGUGAAGUUAAGCUUAAUAUGUACACAAUAGAAGCAGUAGCCGAAGCUGUGCUGAGGCGAAAAAUUCCUUCAUUUCGUCACAAAGUACUAACAAAAUGGUUUUCUUGUGGUCCUGGACGAGGAAGAUUUAGAUGUAUAGAGUAUUUUAUAGAAAGAGCAAGAUUGAACCUUGAGAUAAUGAACCAACUUGAUAUGAUAAAUCGAACAUCAGAACUUGCUCGUGUGUUUGGUAUUGACUUUUUCUCAGUUCUCUCCCGAGGUUCACAAUACCGUGUUGAAUCCAUGCUUCUAAGAUUGGCACAUACACAAAAUUAUCUUGCUAUAUCCCCAGGAAGUCAACAGGUUGCUUCUCAACCCGCAAUGGAAUGCCUACCACUUGUGAUGGAACCGGAGUCUGGUUUUUAUGCAGAUCCGGUUGUUGUUCUUGAUUUUCAGUCUCUCUAUCCUUCUAUGAUAAUUGCAUACAAUCUUUGCUUUUCUACAUGCCUUGGAAAAGUUGCUCCUUCAAAGGCAAAUACACUUGGGGUUAGUUCAUUUUCACCAGAUCCUUCUGUUCUAAAGAGAGUGAAAAAUGAGAUAUUACUUACUCCGAAUGGUGUUAUGUAUGUAUCUUCAAAGGUCCGUAAAGGCAUAAUGCCCCGUUUAUUAGAGGAAAUAUUAUCAACUAGAAUAAUGGUGAAACAAGCUAUGAAAAGAUUGUCCCCCUCGCAGAAAAUUCUUCACCGGAUUUUUAAUGCAAGACAGCUUGCUUUGAAGCUGAUAGCAAAUGUAACAUAUGGCUAUACAGCUGCUGGAUUUAGUGGUCGCAUGCCUUGUGCAGAGCUAGCAGAUAGUAUUGUUCAAUGUGGCCGUAGUACUCUUGAAAAGGCAAUUUCAUUUGUGAAUGCACAUGAUAAGUGGAAAGCUAAAGUUAUUUAUGGUGAUACUGACAGCUUGUUUGUCCUCCUCAAAGGACGCACGGUCAAUGAGUCUUUUCGAAUUGGGAAUGAGAUUGCCUCUGCAAUCACUGCUAUGAAUCCAAACCCAGUCACUUUGAAAAUGGAGAAAGUAUAUCAUCCAUGCUUCCUCCUUACUAAGAAACGCUAUGUUGGUUACAGUUAUGAGAGCCCAGAACAGUCUGAACCUGUAUUUGAUGCUAAAGGCAUUGAGACAGUACGCAGGGAUACAUGUGGAGCUGUUUCCAAGACACUGGAGAAGUCGUUGAGACUCUUUUUUGAACAUCAGAACACUUCUGAACUUAAAGCAUAUUUGCAGCGCCAAUGGACCCGGAUUCUAUCUGGCAGGGUUUCUCUUCAGGAUUUUGUUUUUGCAAAGGAGGUUCGAUUAGGUACCUACUGUACAAGGAGCUCUUCAUCUCUCCCACCAGCAGCAAUUGUGGCCACUAAAGCGAUGAGAGCUGAUCCAAGGGCAGAACCACGCUAUGCAGAGCGAAUACCUUAUGUUGUAAUCCAUGGGGAGCCAGGGGCCCGCCUCAUUGAUAUGGUUGUGGAUCCAUUGGAACUUUUGGCAAUGGAUUCCCCCUUUAGAUUAAAUGAUUUAUAUUACAUCAACAAACAAAUAAUCCCUGCUUUGCAGCGGGUAUUUGGACUUGUUGGAGCUGACUUGAACCGGUGGUUUAUAGAGAUGCCCCGUCCAGUCAGGGAAGCCUUUGCUAAACACCCCUUCUCUGCUCCAAAUGCACAACGAACCAGAAUUGAUUAUUACUAUCUCUCAAAACAUUGUAUACUUUGUGGUGAGUUGGUCCAGGCAUCAGCCCAUAUUUGCAAUCAAUGUUUGCGAAAGGGAGCUUCUGCUGCAGCAGCUGUGAUUGGAAGAACUUCAAAAUUGGAGAGAGAGAUGCAACACCUUGCUGCUAUUUGUCGACAUUGUGGAGGCAGUGACUGGGUUGUGGAAAGUGGAGUCAAGUGCACUUCAUUAGCAUGCUCAGUGUUUUAUGAGAGGCGGAAAGUUCAGAAAGAACUACAAAGUCUUUCUUCCGUUGCUGCUGAUGAAGGUUUCUACCCGAAAUGUCUCAUUUCUGCUCUCUCUCUCUCUCUCACACAAAUGGCACAAACCCCAUUUUCUCUCCUUCUCCUAAGACGCCUUUCUCUCUCCUCCCAAAACCCCAAACCCCCUCUCCCUUUCUCACUCCUUAAACCCUUUUCUUCUUCUUCUUCGUCAGACCCUCCUCCUCCUCCAAAACCCUCCUCUCUCUCCGCCCGCCUCAGCUUCGUCUUCGACCAAAUCGACACCAUCGAAAAACAGCAGCAGUCCCUCCUCUCCCAAAAGGACCAAACCCUCCAACGCAUCCGCGCUUGGCGCCAAUCCAGAAACCCCCAAGUUGACCACCCACCUCAUCCCCAAUCGCAACUAGGGUUGGGGAUUGAUAGCAGCAGUGGUAAUGCCGAUUUGGGAUUGGAGGUUACGAAUGAGAAGGUGAAGAAGAUGAAGAAGGAGGGGAUGGUGGUGGAGGUGGUGCAUCCAUGGCCUGAGUGGAUUGAGCUCAUGGGGAGGUUGGUGGGGCAGAAUUACUUUGAUCACAGGAGGAAGGAUGAGGACAGAAUGGUUGAAGAGCUGGGCCUCAAUGCUUCGGAGACGAUUACAGUUGAAGAUGAGGAUUUGGGGAUUGAUUUUAAGGAUUUCAAGGCAGUGCACACGGCGUGCAUCAAUUUCGGGAAGGACCGGUUCGAUAUUUUGAGGUCCUUGUCGAGACAGGACAUUCAAAUUCUGGUUGGUUUUGGAUGCCCAAGUGCAGACAAAAAGGUGGUUUUCUCUGCAAAACUGUUAAGGAAGCACGUCCACCUUGAUGAAGGAGAUGUUUGCAGCUCCUGCAGUUUGAGGAACUCCUGUGACAGAGCAUAUUUGGUUACGAAUAAAGAGGAUGAGGCACGAACUAUUGAUGUUAUGCGUGUUCUAUUGACUUUUGGUUUUGACCCUGUGAAUGGAUCAAUAGUCAACAAGGAUAUUCUGAAACAAAAGUCUGUCAAGACUGUUGUUCGUAAGUUGCUUCACGAGGUUGUCAAAUUGAGCUCAGUUCCUAUAGACCCAAAUCUUCCUCCACCAGUAAUUAAAAAGCCUCCACCCAAAGUUAAGCAGCCUCCUCCUCCUCCAAGGAAACGAGUUGGACGCGAUGAUGUUGAGAUGAAAAAAGGAGACUGGCUGUGUCCUAAGUGUGACUUCUUGAAUUUUGCAAAGAAUACUGUGUGCCUACAAUGUGAUGCCAAACGUCCAAAGAGACAGCUGCUUCCAGGAGAAUGGGAAUGCCCUGAGUGCAACUUCUUAAAUUAUAGGAGGAAUAUGGCAUGUUUUCAUUGUGAAUGCAAGCGCCCACCUGAUGAACUUAUGGAGGACAGAAUGCAAGAAAGGCAACAUGGUCCUAGAACAAGGUUGGAGAAGAUUGCUAACCGGCAAGAGGUUUCUAAUGCCUGGAAUUUUGAUUUUGAUGACAAUGAAUCAGAUGGGGCAGAUGUUGCUGCUUUUGAGUAUGCAGAUUCUCCCAGGAUGGCUGAAAAUUCUCCUUUAGAUAGCCACGCUCAGAGAGGAAAUUUCAGAGGGCCUGAAGGUGAUUUUAAUAGGUCUAGCAGUGUGCCAAGGGUCCAUGAAAAAGAAUAUUCUGAUGGUGAUACUCAUGGAGCUCGGAUGGGGUUUGAUGAUUUUGAUGAUGAAGAAGAUGAUAUUGAUAGCUACGAGCUUGAUACUCAUAACAAUUCAGCACGGAAGGCUUCUUCAAAUGAAUUUUCUGAGGUAGAAGGGUACUCUGGAUCAGAAGAUUUUGAAGGCAUUGGUAAUGGCAUGGCUGCUCGUCAUAGAACGAGUUCUCCAUCUUACAGUAAGUCAUCCAAGCCAACACGUAGAAAAGCUGCUUUCUCAGGCUCCGAGGAUGAUGGACUUGAUUUGGAUUCAGAUGAAGAUCUUUCAGUUCAUCCCAACUGGAAAUCUAGUCAUGUUGCUAAUUCUAGACAAAGAAGUAGAGGCAGAGGUAAAGCAGGUCCAUCCAAGGAUUUAAGCUUUGGUUCUGAUGAGGAGCUUGGCCUCUACUCUGAUGUGGAUGAUGAUUUAGAUAGAAAUUUUAAUUCCAGGAAAAAUAAAGGGAAUAAAUUUGGUUCUGGGAGAAGGGAUUUCCAGAGGAAAGGAAGUUAUGAUAGUGAAGAUGGUCUCUUUUCUGGUUCGGAAUUGGAUGAUGAUAAUGUACGAUCUUCUAGAAAUAGAUUUAGAGGGAAUAAUGUAGAAUCUGAUAGAAGACAAAAUAAUUCUCAAGGUCGUGCCAAUCAUAACUUCACAAGAGACACAAAAUUUAGAUCUGCUGGUAAGAUGAGUGGUAGAAGGAAUUCAUUCAAUGAUGAUUUUGAUGAACCAUCACAAGGGUCUCGAGGUAAUAAGAGAGGAUCUCAAAGGACUCCUCGUGAUGGGUGGAGAAAGAAUGACAGAGGGGGUGAUAUGCAGAAUUUUAAGGGGCGUAGAAGAGAAGAUAGUUUUGGGAAGCAGCAACAUGGAAGGUUUAGUGAAUAUGAUAGGGACAUGGGCAGGGAUUUCAUUGAAUUUAAAAACAGUAGGCGUGUUAUAGAAAGAUAGAUCUGAGACAUGCAAUAACUAUAAUCUUGCUUAUUAGUUAUCUAGCCUCUGAUAGUUUGCAGUUGGUUCCCAAAGGGCAUGGUUAUAAAGAUUCAUAUUCUUGGAAAAGACCAUUGAGAGGUUAGGAUGGGAAGCAUGGUUAGUUCCCAAUCUGCCUACAAUAUUUGAAGCAAAUUAAUGGAUAUUCGUGGUUCUUUUUUAAACAGGCACAGCUAUUGGCUCUUGCAUCUUGAGUCUGCUAGAUUUGCCAGCAGAAACUUAUACAAUACAAUCCAUGCAAUAAUUCUUCUUCUUCUUUUUUGGGGGAGGUGGGGUGGGGUGGGGUGGGGGGUGGUUGAAUUAAAUUUUGUCCUGAACUGCUCGGAUGUUUGAUCAAUACAAUGAGCAUUGUAUCACUGCAAUGGGAACUACUUUUGUAAAAUCUCAUAGUCAGGUUGUGUAAGGUUAAUUGGCAAUUUUUGCUCUCUUUUUUUCCCACUCUCUUCCUCCACCUUGUGUUGGACUAAUUUUACAAUUUUUCUCUUCACCAGAGUUUAAAUUUUUGUGCU